AUGCGGUUCCUCGCCAUAUUCAAUGCCAUCAUUUGGCUAGGAUUCCUUUGGUUCUUCCUGUUCCACGUCAACCCCGGCCCACACACUGGACAAAGCUGUUCUAUGUUAAACAUCACCACAGCAGAAAUAGUACGGAAUAUUACCGAAACAUUCGAGGUCCCUCAUACAGACCGAGCGCAAAAGCGCAUGACCAUCCCUAGCGAAAUCGUAGACCCGGCGAAGUCUGUCGCUUCGAAAGCAGGAGAGCACAUCGCAACGGCCGUGGCCUCUGCAAAGCAAGCGGUCAGCACGCCACUCGCUGACAUUUGGCAGAACCUCAGGUCCAAGUUCUUUGACGACUUGACUCGGUGGGAAGACACGGUGCCUGUCUACUUCUGUCUUCAGACGCGGGGCGUGUGGCAGCUAGGCUACUCCAACUCGACCAGCAAAAUGGUCUCAUCUAAGGACUUUGACGUCUUAGAUGCCCUCCAAAUCACGGUACUCGACAGCCUGUUCAGCAUGGCACGCCAGAUUGUCCCCGGGCUGCCGGACGGCCUAGUCAGUGACUUGGCGGAAGUUGACUUCAAUGUGCUCGAUACGGUGGCUGCCGCAGCAUACUGGUUGCUUGUGGUUCUCCUCGUAGGCACGUUUCUGAUGGUUCUGACUUCUGUUCUAUCAGGAUGGACCAAGUGGCUCCUCUGCCUACCUCUGAUGGUGGUGGGUUUACUUAAGGCUGUCCUCCUAGUCACGGCUCUGGCUUGUAUGGGUAUUUGUCUAGCCGUAAAUCUUAUUUCUAGCGGCAUUCUGUCUGUCCUAGAUGUUGGCGUCGCGACAGAAACUGGGACGACGACAUGGCUCUCAGUGGCGGCUGUCGUUUGGCUUUUGGUAUGGUUCCUUCUCGAUUGUAUCUGCUUGUGA